ACCGAAAAUCCCAGCCUGUGCAGGGUCAAGCAAUUUCAGAAAGACGAGGUAACCGAGGCGACGGAGCUAGAAUCUCUGUGCUCAGCGUUAGACAUUCCCUUCAAGGCCGCCGUUGAAGCCGAAAAUGAGCAGGAGGAGCCUGACCAUUUGAUUCUGGGGCCAGCCUUACUAGUAAGAGAGCAACGAGCGCGCGCAGCACAGCUCUAUAAGAGCGUGGUGACAUGGUCGCUAAAGUUCAAGAUCUUCAAGGCAGCAAUGGAGAACGCAACGGGCAAGACGAUCAAGCGCCUGCUGUCGGACAAUGGGUGCCUUCCAAAACCUACAUAA